AUGCUUCCUCUCAAUACCUCAGAAGUUGACGUCUCCACAUUCCUGUUGAUUGGGGUCCCAGGCCUUGAGCAUGUGCACUUUUGGAUCUCCAUCCCUGUCUGCCUCAUGUAUCUCCUGGCCAUCCUGGGCAACUGCACCAUCUUAUUUGUCAUCGGGACAGAGCCUUCCCUGCAGGAGCCCAUGUACUAUUUCCUUUCCAUGCUGGCCACCUCUGACCUGGGUCUGUCUUUCUCCUCUCUUCCCACUAUGCUGAGGAUCUUCUUGUUCAAUGCCAUGGGGAUUUCUGCUGAUGCCUGCUUUGCCCAGGAAUUUUUUAUCCACGGAUUCACAGACAUGGAGUCCUCGGUGCUCCUCAUCAUGUCCUUUGAUCGCUUUGUAGCCAUUCGCAACCCUCUGAGAUAUAGCUCUAUUCUUACCAGCUCCAGAGUUUUGCAAAUUGGGCUUGCAUUUGCUGUUAAGAGCAUUCUGCUAGUUCUUCCCCUUCCUUUCACUUUAAAGAGACUCAGGUACUGUAAUAAACGGCUGUUAUCACACUCCUACUGCCUCCACCAAGAUGUCAUGAAACUGGCCUGCUCUGACAACAGGGUUAACUUUUACUAUGGUCUAUUUGUCGCACUUUGCGUGAUGUCAGGCAGUGUGUUCAUUGCUGUUUCCUAUGUGUUCAUCCUGAAGACUGUUUUGGGUAUUGCAUCCCAUGGGGAGCGGCUUAAAGCUCUUAACACCUGUGUGUCCCACAUCUGUGCUGUGCUCAUCUUUUACGUGCCCAUCAUUAUCUUGGCUACUAUGCAUCGCUUUGCCAAACAUAAAUCCCCUUUGGCUAUGAUUCUCAUAGCUGAUGCAUUCUUGCUGGUACCACCCUUGAUGAAUCCCAUUGUGUACUGUGUAAAAACUCGGCAGAUUAGAGUGAAGGUCCUGGAAAAACUAGGUCUGAAGUCUAGAUGA